AUGGCGCCGUAUGAAAUGUUGUAUAGGAGAAAAUGUAGAACCACUGUUUGUUGGGGAGAAGUGGGACAAAGAGAACUCGUGCCCAAAGAUGUGGUAGCGAUAACUAAUGAAAAGAUCGACAUAGUACUGGCCCGAUUAAAAGCAGUGCAAGACCGACAAAAGUCCUACGCGGACAAAAGAAGGCGCCCUAUUGAGUUCCAAGUGGGGGAUCGAGUAUUCUUGAAGGUGUCCCCGUGGAAAGGUAUAAUUCGAUUCCGUAAGCGAGGAAAGUUGGGUCCUCGAUAUAUUAGACCGUUCAGGAUUUUAGCUCGAGUUGGAAAGGUAGCCUACCGGUUAGAACUACCCUCAUCACUAGAAGGGAUUCACAACACCUUUCAUGUAUCACAACUACGGAAAUGUCUUGCGGAUGAAACGGCUCAUGUACCCCUUGAGGAUAUUGAGAUAGACGAGAGAAUGAAUUACGUGGAAAGACCGGUAGCUAUAGAAGAUUCCAAGGUGAAGACUCUUCGCAACAAAGAAAUCAAGCAAGUUCUAGUUCAAUGGCAACACAGGAAGGGGUCGGAUCUCACUUGGGAACCAGAGGAUGAAAUGCGAAAGUUCUACCCGUCUUUAUUCGGUACGUAA